AUGCUGCGGAAGCUACAAAUAAUUUUUAAAAAUAAAAAAAAAAAUACAUCAGUCAAAAAAAUCAAAAAAUUAGAUCUAAAACACUAAUUUUAUUUCUAGUGACAUUAGAUCAUUAGAUUAUAUAGUCUAGAUCACUAGAUCUACUUAAUAGAUCUGUGAGUUAAAAUAAAAAUGCAGGAAAUCCGAGUUUCACCAAUACCUACGAAAACACCUUCCCCUUCAUAUCUGAAACCAACUGGUGAUGAUUCCAAUGGAGGAAGUGAUGAAGAUGACAAUGGCAUUAAAGAGGAGGAUGUUAUUCCAGCAGAAAGUGAAUUCAGAGCAGCAUCUAUUUAUGAAAUUUACAAAGUUUUACAGUGUAUUUCCUUAAGUUCACCUGGAAGUGUAUUUGUUGUUAGAAAUCGACAAGAUCGUAAAAAAUAUGCUUUGAAAAAGGUUGAAUGUCAGGAUGAAAGUGCUGCAGUCAUAGCUUUUUUUGAAGAAAUGGAACUGAAAAAGUUGGAUCACCCAUAUGUGAUUAGAUACAAGGACUUCUUUAUCACUUAUGAGCAAUCUGAUUCUUCUGUGUACAUUAACAUCAUAACAGAUUAUUUUCCUGAUGGUGAUUUGAAGCAAUGGAUUAAUGAGUUUCAGGAAACAAAGCAAGUCAUUCCUGAGAAGGCUAUUAAAAAAGUUCUGGGUGAGACAAUUGAAGGCUUAGUUUAUUUAAAAGAAAAAGGACUCAUUCACAGGAACAUCAAACCAAGUAAUAUAUUCAGGAAGAAAUCAGGUACAGUGGUUUUAGGAGAUCUUGGUGUAUCAACCAUUAUGAGUGACAAGAGAACAAACACCAGACAAACAUUCAAGGGUUCUGUCUUCAUGGCUCCAGAAAUCUCCAUGCAGUCACACGAUGAGAAGAGUGACUUGUAUUCGCUAGGUGGGGUCAUGCUGAACAUGGUGACUGCUCAUAUCUAUGGAGAGGAGGAGUUCUAUAAGAAGCUUGGGGACAUUAAAGAGUCUCCAGAGACCCUCAAUGAAUUAUUGGAGGAAGUCUCUCAUACCUAUUCCAAAUCAUUGGUAAACAUAGUUCAAAUUCUAUUACGCCACAAACACAAUACAAGACCAACAAUUCUAGAGCUAAUUAAAUCUGGAUUUAUCCAAGAAUGUAUGGCCAGUGUUGACAGUACACAGUUGGACAAAAGAUCAAGACAGAAACAGACUAAAGCUACAAAAAUAUACUCUCUGACUGAAACCACUGAUGCUCUCAAAGUUCUGGAAUACAUUGCAGACACUAUUGAUCAUGAGUCUUGCGUUGCAGAAGGGUUGUCAGCCCUUGCAGAUAUUGUGAGAGAUAAUGAGAAUGCAUACAAGCUAAUUGAUCAGAAGGCCAGGAAUCUUAUCUCCCUUGCUAUGUGGGACAACAUCUUCAAUAAAGAUGUACAGAUCUCUGGAUGCUAUGUACUGAGUAACUUGGUCACUUUUGCCAAGCCAGAUGAUAUACUGUUCAGUCCAAAUGUGGUGACCAUCAUCCAUAAGAUAAUGACUGCUCAUGAAUAUGAACCAGAGGUCCAGCUUGCUGCUGCUAACUUGAUCCUGGCCUUGUCAGCUGAUGAGAAAGCUGGUCAUUUGAUUGUUCAACUUGGUGGUAUUCAUGACAUACUAACAGCUAUGCGUCAUUCUAGAUACCAUGCUUCUCUCAAUGCUAUAUGUUGCAUGGCUCUGUGGAGCUUGGCUGCAGAUUCUGAAAAUUUAAAAGUAGCUUGCAAAGAGAAUGCAGUCAGAGAUGUUUGUAUGGCCCUCAAUACUCACAAAGUCUCUCCCAAUGUCAGUGAAUCUGCAGCAGCAGCCUUGAUAUCUUUAUUAUUGGAUGACAGUUGUUAUGACCCUUUCAAUGAGUUAGAUUGUGUUGGGAAUCUAAUCUAUGCUAUUCAUCUCCACACAAAAAAUGCUAAAGUUGUCAAGAAUUGCUGCAAAGUCCUGGCCACUGUGGUACAAGCAAAUGAAGAGUGUGCUUAUCGUUUUCUAACCAGUGCUCAACCUGAAGAUGAGGAUCCAACAGGUAUAGCCACAAUAUUUGCUGCUUAUGAGCUACACAAAGACAAUGCUAUGGUUGUGGAAGGAAUAGUACGUCUGCUAGUGGAGCUAGCCAGUUAUGAUGAAAUUUGUCUUGAUUUAAAUGCUGCAAAAGUUUCACACCAACUUUAUGAAGUUAAAAGAAAAUUUAUUAAGAACAAGAUGAAAUCAAUAAAGAACUGCAAUAUGCCAACAUUGGCCAGAUGUUGAGUGAAAUUCUCAAAAGAUACAAGGAAAAUAAGGACAUUAUGGGCCCAUGUGAGGAAGCACUAGCCAAACUUGGGGCUGCCCCCAAGACAAAAGACCAGAAAUCAUAGGCCCCAGCUCUUCAGAUUGCACCUCCCAGCCGGCUGUACCGGUUUGAGGGUGAGGUGCCAGAGAGCUGUGAAGCGAUGCUGCGGAAGUGGAAGGUUUGCAAUGAGACAACAUCCAAGACAGACAUCAAGAUAGAGGCUCGAGGGGACACCAAGUUAAAGGGGAAAAUGAGCUUGACCUUGGAUAUGAAUAAGAAGGUCAAGAAGAAAAGUAGUGGAAAAAUUACUGUUACCGGGUCACCUUGAGUAUAGGUUGAACAAACUGUUUGCUUUACAUUCUCCCACACUAAUGUUAAUAACAAACAUUUCAUACAAACACUGUCAAGAUGAAUGACUAGCAGUAGUUUGUAUUUUGAAACAACUUUGAUACAUUCUUUUUUUUUGUGUUUGGUACUUUAUUUUGGAUAUGUUUAUACAAUGGUUUCUACUUACACACAUUUUCAAAGAUUUAUUCACAAGUUGCUUACUUUUUUUAUUUGAAUUGGAAUGCAUAAAAUAAUGCUAUAUAGUAUAUAUCUAUGAAAAUGAUAGAGCAAAAAAACAAUUGAAACCUUAACCUCUAUGAUAAACAGUUUCUGACAUGAUUACACUAAGUUUAGCUGAAUGCUCAUUUUUUCUACAACAUGUCUGAAUGGAAAUUGUUUUUAUUCUAAUAAAAAAUUCACAAAAUUAAAAA